AUGUCCAGCUGCGUUCUUGCCGUGACCACGUCGUCUGACCAGAAGUGCUUUACUCUUGACAGUGUCAUAGCAGUCGAUCAGGGUGUACAAGAUGCAGCUCGUGACGCAGCAGACAGCUAUAGCAGAUUCUUUGCGGAAGCUGAAAAAGAUGGCCGUGUGGCCCAGCAGGUGAAACUGACGGCUUCCUACAUUGCACCUCCUGUAGCGGGGAACACGACGACGACUGAGAUCUAA